UGACGGGGAAAAGUGAGAGAUGCAGUGAAGAAAAACGGACACGCCUCAGGUCAAAGGUUAAACGCUCAUCAGGAAGCGAAGGUGCAGGAUGCAGUCUCGUGUGCAGGAGCAGCCAUUGGCCCUCACUGUGGUGAGGUCACACUAUCCGACCAAUGGGAAAGAAGAGGAAGUGAACACAGAUGCAGACUCCAUUGAAGAAGAGGCGGAGUUCAACUGGGAGGAGUACAUGGAGGAGACGGGGGCCAACGCCGCCCCUCACACCACCUUCAAACAUGUGGAGAUCAGCCUGCAGAGCAGCUUCCAGCCCGGCAUGAAGCUGGAAGUGGCCAAUAAGAACAGCCCGGACACGUACUGGGUGGCCACCAUCAUCACCACAUGUGGCCAGCUGCUGCUGCUGCGCUUCAGCGGCUACGGCGAGGACCGCAAGGCCGACUUCUGGUGCGACGUCAUGACGGCCGAGCUGCACCCGGUGGGCUGGUGCACCCAGAACAACAAGACCCUCAUGCCCCCCGAAGAUAACGUUUACCUAAGAAAAGCCAUCAAGGAGAAAUACAGCGACUGGACAGAGUUCCUCGUCCAGGACCUGACCGGCUCCAGGACGGCACCGGCCAACCUGCUGGAGGGGCCUCUGAGAGGGAAGAACACAGUGGAUCUGAUUGUCGACGGCUCCGUCUUGGAGCUUCAGGACAUCUCGGACCCGUUCCUUUACUGGCCCGUCCGAGUCAUCCAGAACGUGGGAGGGAGGCUCCGCCUGCGCUACGCCGGUCUCUCUGACGACCAGCACGAUGAGGACGCCUGGCUGUUCUACCUGGAUGUCCGGCUCCGCCCGCUCGGCUGGGCUCUGGAGAACCGUCUCGCCUUAGAGCCGCCAACAGUGCUCAGGUCUCUGAAGAGCCCCCCCGACUGGCAGCAGGCUCUGGAGGACGCUCAAAACGACGGACAGAAGAACCCGCUGCCGCUUGAGGUGUUCAAGGACCACGUAGACCUGCCCAAGCACUCCUUCAAGACGGGGAUGAAGCUGGAGAUGGUUUCUCCGUGGGAGCAGCUCCAGAUCUGCCCUGUUUCUGUCACCAAGGUGUACGAUGAGAUCUACUUCCAGGUAACGCUGGACGAUCUCACUGUCGCCCCCAAGCCGCAGUUCGUGGUGUGUCACGCCAACUCGCCCGGCAUCCUGCCGGUCCAGUGGUGUCUGAAGAACGGCGUGGGUCUGGAGCGGCCCUGGGGGUACGAGGGCCAGGACUUCGACUGGGCCGACUACCUGAAGCAGAGCGGGACAGAGGCGGCCCCCGACGCCUGCUUCCCCGACACAUGGCAGGACAGAGGCUCCAAGGACAUGUGGCUGGAGGCAGUGAACCCUCACCGCAGCGGAGGUGUGUGUGGAACUCAGAGUCCACUCUAUCAUGGUCACCUGAUGGACCGACUGGCUGUGGCUCCGGCUGGGAAAGCUCGCUCACCCUCCUCUCUCUCUCUGUCUAACCUGGUCUCCAGUGUGGCGAAGCCCCUGUCAGAAUGCAUCUACGUGGACGUCGAGUCUAUGACAUCUUCCGCCUGUCGGCUGUUGGCUCCGACCCAGCCGGUGGAGACGCCUCCUGUCAACCACUGCCAGCCCGUCGCCAUGGAUCCAGGCUCCGCCAACGGCCGAUAUGGCUGCUCCAAGAUCUUCGUCAACCACCGCUGUUUCUCAGGACCUUACCUCAACAAGGGACGCAUUGCGGAGCUGCCGCAGGCCGUCGGACCCGGGAAAUGCACGCUGGUCCUCAAGGAGCUGCUGAGCAUGCUCAUCAACGCUGCCUACAAGCCCGGACGAGUCCUGAAGGAGCUGCAGGAGCUGGAGGAUCAGAGCUGGGACUGCCACGAGGAGACCCUCAAAGCCAAAUAUAAAGGGAAAACCUAUCGCUCCACCAUCCGGAUAGUCCGCCUCGCAGACCAGAUCCAAGACUUCUGCCGUAAGGUGUGCGUGAAGCUUCAGUGCUGCCCGAACCUCUUCGGCCCCGUCCUUGUCACCGACAAGUGCCCAGAGAACUGCUCCGUUCAGACGAAAACCAAAUACACCUAUUACUAUGGGAAGAAGAGGAAGCUGUCCAAGCCGACGGGAGGAGAGGAGGCGGCGGAGGGGGAGCUGGCCAAGCCGACGCGCCGCAGGAAGAAGAGGAAAGCAAUCUUUGUACAAAAGAAGAGACGCUCGUCCGCUGUGGACUUCACUCCCGCUGGCUCACCGCAGGACAGUGACGAGGGAGAGGAGGACGAAGAGGCGGCGCUGCAGUCGGGCAGUGAAGGCACCAGCUCGGAGCCACGGGAGGACCACACGGACGCUUCCUCGGUGGAGGUGACCAGCAGCCGUCCUCGCCGGACCGUGACACUGCGCCGGGCCUUCAGCGCCGGCAAUGCAGCAGGCGGCAAGGAGGCCCCCGAGGGCCGCCGGAGGUCAACCCGCUCGCUGUCCGCCUACAACCAGAACAACAAGUAUCAGCCCGCCAAAGGACAAGACAUGCAGGUGCAGACGGAGAGGGAGGGUCAGCUGGUUUUGGACAGGAAUCCUCUGGAGUGGAGCGUAGACGAAGUCGUGCAGUUUAUCAACUCUACUGACUGUGCGUCCCUGGCCAACAUCUUCCAGGAGCAGGACAUCGACGGUCAGGCUCUGCUGUUGCUAACUCUGCCCACCGUACAGGAGUGUAUGGACCUGAAGCUCGGUCCCGCCAUCAAACUGUGUCACCAGAUAGAGCGCGUCAAGGUUGCCUUUUACAAACAGUAUGCCAACUGAACCAGCAGCUGAACAGCCCGUCAGUGGAGAGGAACGCUGGAUCAGGUGCCUCCUGGUGGAACACGUUGGCAGCGUGGAGUUUUUACCAAUUUCCAACGUGCAAGAAGAAGGGAUUGUUGUUUGUUGGAAAGACGACAGGAUGAGUUGAAGGAUUCAUUUCUGGGAAACCGUCAGUGUGAAAAUGUGAUGCACAAAAACGUUCCCACUGCCGACUCCGGCAGAACGAAACACAUCGGAGUCGAUCCGUGUGCUUUACUGAUCUGUGAAGAAGUUAUUUUGAGAAGACAUUUGUGUUUUUUUUUUUCCUGCUUUUCAUUUCCAUUUUAUUUGUGAUAGAGGAGCAUUAUAGCAUUUAAGUUAAAAAUAAUUAUCGACCAUAAAGAGAUUUCCCCCUUGUUUCGUUGUGACAUGAUUGGUUCUGGAAAGAUAUAUUUGAGAAGUAUUUAACAAACCAAGAAGUAAUAUAUUUUGAAUAUUUAUUGAUCUAUUUGGAUGUAGAAAAAGGUGUCACCAUUAACUCCUUUUCCCCUGAAACAUGUUUAAGUUAUGUCUCAA